CUGCCCGCCCCGUCCCCGGCCAUCGCAGCAGGCAUGGGCUGUUUCUGCGCAGUCCCGGAGGAAUUUUACUGCGAGGUUCUGCUCCUGGACGAGUCCAAGCUGACCCUGACCACCCAGCAGCAGGGCAUCAAGAAGUCAACGAAAGGGUCGGUUGUCCUGGGCUACGUAUUUCGUCACUUAAACCUAGUGGAGAUAGAUUACUUUGGACUGCGCUACUGUGACCGAAGUCAUCAAACGUACUGGCUGGAUCCUGCAAAGACCCUUGCUGAACAUAAAGAGUUGAUAAACACUGGACCACCAUACACACUGUAUUUCGGCAUUAAAUUCUACGCAGAGGAUCCCUGUAAACUUAAAGAAGAAAUAACAAGGUAUCAGUUUUUCUUGCAGGUCAAGCAAGAUGUUUUACAGGGCCGCUUGCCUUGUCCAAUCAACACUGCAGCACAGCUGGGAGCGUAUGUAAUUCAGUCUGAGCUGGGGGACUAUGACCCGUAUAAGCACACUGCGGGAUACGUCUCGGAGUACCGCUUUGUUCCCGACCAGAAGGAAGAGCUGGAGGAAGCCAUAGAGCGGAUACACAAAACUCUGAUGGGCCAAGUUCCUGCUGAGGCAGAAGUGAACUACUUGGGGGUGGCCAAAUCCCUGGAAAUGUAUGGAGUGGAUCUCCAUCCUGUUUAUGGUGAAAACAAAUCUGAAUAUUUUUUAGGAUUAACACCCAUAGGAGUUGUUGUCUACAAGAAUAAAAAACAAGUAGGAAAAUAUUUCUGGCCUAGAAUUACAAAAGUUCACUUCAAAGAAACACAGUUUGAACUUAGAGUCCUGGGAAAAGAUUGCAAUGAAACUUCCUUCUUUUUUGAAGCACGUAACAAGAUCACAUGCAAACAUCUCUGGAAAUGCUGUGUAGAACAUCAUACUUUUUUCAGAGUGCCAGAGAAUGAAUCAAACUCUCUGUCAAGAAAAUUUAGCAAGUUUGGAUCCAUUGGUUAUAAACAUCGGUACAGUGGCAGGACAUCUUUGCAAAUGACCAGAGACCCUUCUGUGCAGCUCCCGCGGCCUGACCAGUGCAUUGAAAGAAGUCGCAGCAAGACUUACCCCAAAAGAACACAACAACAGACCGGAUCUAAGAACAUGAGCCAGAUUACAACAAAUGGGGAAAAGGAAGGAACUACCAAAAUUAUUGCACCUUCCCCUGUGAAAAGCUUUAAAAAGAUGAAAAAUGAAAACAGUCCAGAAACCCAAAGAAGUAAAACAAGCGCACCGUGGGAGGAAAAUGGCCCACCGAGCGGGCUGUAUAAUUCUCCCAGUGACCGCAAUAAAUCACCAAAGUUUCCUUACUCUCGGCGACGGAACCCAUCAGGUGGCAGUGAGAAUGAGUCUGGACAGCCAGUCCGGAGGAGGAAAAAUCAAAACAGUGGAGAAGAUUCAGAUUUAAAGCAAAGGAGAAGAUCACGGUCUCGCUGUAACACCAGCAGUGGCAGUGAAUCAGAAAAUUCCAACAGAGAGCAUCGGAAGAAGAGAAACAGAUUACGGCAAGAGAAUGACAUGGUUGACUCGGCUCCUCAGUGGGAAGCAGUGCUACGGCGACAAAAGGAGAAAAACCAGGCGGAUCCAAACUACCGUCGAUCCAGGCACAGAUCUCGAUCGAGAAGCCCAGAUGUACAAGCUAAAGAAGAACUGUGGAAACAUAUUCAGAAGGAGCUUGUGGAUCCAUCUGGCCUGUCUGAAGAGCAAUUGAAAGAAAUUCCAUACACUAAAAUAGAGACUCAAGGCGACCCGAUCCGCAUUAGGCAUUCACAUUCCCCUCGGAGCUACCGUCAGUAUCGGCGGUCACAGUGUUCUGAUGGUGAAAGAUCUGUCCUGUCUGAAGUGAAUGCGAAAACUGAUCUGGUGCCUCCGCUGCCUGUUACACGAUCUUCAGAUGCGAAAGGUCCCAGCAUCCAGUUGACUCAACAGAGACAGAACGGAUCUAAAGACAGCCUAAUAGAAGAAACAUCUCAGCUAUCCACUAACAAUAUCGAUGGAAAACCCACCACUAAGAUCAUAAAAACUGUACAGGUGUCACGCUUCAAGGUGGAGACUUGACUGCCAUAACUGACGAUGGUGAAUGGAUUUUUUUCUUUGGAAAUGGGGAAUUUGUGUGUGUGUGUGCAAGGGAAGGAACUGAAGUCGACGUGGUAGCAAUUUCUUCAGGACACUCUGAAGCGCAGCCUCCUUGUUGGGAAGGCCAAGCAAUGCACUAGAACCACCGUUCUAGUGGUGUGACUGAUCGAGGAGAAGCUGCCUGAUUAGACAACCAAAAAGAAAAGUCUUAGUAGACCUGAAUGAUCAGCAGUUACAUUUCCAAAAAAUGAACAAAACAAAAAAAAUUGCUGCAAGAAAACAGGCUUUAUGGUCUGCUCUGUAACUGAAUAGCCUUUUUCCAAAAAAUGACUGUUAACUGACCAGGAUGCUUCAAGAGAAGCAAAAUAGUCAUAUUUUUGGCCAAUUGUGCAAUACAGUGUGAUAUGGGGAGAAUUAUCUUCACAAUUUUAUAUGGGGAUCAACUUAUGUCCUGAGACAUAAGGACUGAUAGCUCUUACAAGAUUUAUUUUAGCCUAGCACAACAACAGAUGCUCGUGUUGUUAAUACAAAUGUUGACUCAACCUGUUUCAGCUCAGAAAUAAUAGAUUUCCAGAGAGUUCCAGAGGUGAUACAGACUUACUUUCCCUUGGCAGUUUUAAGUGUUCUCUCAAUUUUGAAUGCCCUUUUAUGUAGAGGGACUAUUUAAUUGAACAUUCCAUACCACAGAAAUACAUCUAUCACCUUACAGUAAACCACACUGGAAAAAAAAAAAGGAGAAUGUGUACUGACCCACCAUAUUUAGACUGCUUAGCAAGGCACUUAAGUACUGGUUAAAUGAAACUUGUAGAGUAGGAUUUAAGACAGCUAGCAAAUAGCCUUUUGCCUUUUUUUUUUUUUUAAACUAGAUUAGCGAAGUCUGCCUUAACCUCUUUUCAUAUGAGAUAAUCAAUGCUAGUACCUUCCAAUACUUUUCUCUGAGCCAUUUCUACUACGAUAAAAUGACAAAGGCAGUAUUUCAGGUAUGAUAAUUGCAAUUUUUUUCUAUUGUCACGGUAGGAAUAGUAAGUUUUAACAAUGCUGCACAUUCAUUGGGUUAUCUUCUAGUACGUAUCUGAAGUGAUGCUAUCUAUCUCUUCUGUCCUAUCACUUUGUACAAAUGAUCUGCCUCCCAUUUGUCCACAGUCGGCACACGGAUGAGCCUUCUGGCAUUGCUAACUUAUUAAGAAGCUUAGGAAAAUCUUGGUGUUGUGAAAGUAAAUUUGCUAGGCGUAAUCCCCAAACUAAAUAUUGAAUUUGUCAAACAGCAUUGGAAAGGGCUGUAGUAGCUCAUGUGCCUUUUUACAUGAGUCCUCCUUAAACUCGACCCGCACCACCUCAGUGGUUUGCAGUGUUCCUGUGUCUUCUUGGGGGUUGGACUAGAUGACCUUUAGAGGUCCCUUCCAACCCAAACUAUUCUGUGAUUCUACGCCUAGCAACACUAUACCAGGGGACUGCAGCCCUGUCAGGAAGGUAAUACUGUUUGAGAACUGGUGUGAUCAUAAGGCAUCUAAGUUAUGCUUUACAAGAGGCAUGGGAUUACUGAUACACAUUUUAACUAACAAAACUGAGAAGUGAAACCUUGUGUGAUGUGUUUUAUUUUCCACUUCAUUUUUUGAUUCUUUAUUGUUUCAUGAUCUGAGGUGGUCAGGUGGAUGCUACUAGCCAGGGUGAUAGCCAAACAGUUUUUAUAUUCCUAUCAUAGGAAUUGGUCUGCAGUUGUGAGAUCCUGCAUCGUGCCAGGGAAGGCAGAUUCACUUCAUAAAUAUUCUUCUUUGAUCACUUAUUUGGGACAGUUCUGCUUCUUCAGUCUCAGUAAACAAGUCUAUGGGAAGGAAAAAGCCUAGAGCCUCUCUGUGAUAAGAAUUCUGUUUUCAUGGAGGUUCUUCAGCAUUUUCUGGCUUUACUAUAGAUUUCAUUCUAGGACAUUGUUGGGCUUGGCUUAAAGUAUUUGCUCAAACUGUUUUGGAAGUCUGUUAAAUAGUUUCACUGUCAUUGCUCCAAUUUAACGGGAUAUUUUAAGAUCUAUUUAUGACCCUGUGUAGUAUUCUCACAAGCACCAGUUAAAAAAACCAAACCAAACAAAACGAAAAAAAAACUCCACAACCCACCCCAUCAUUGUGGCAAAAAUUAAGGUGAUAUAGAUUAAUCUAGAGCAUCACAAUCUUUUGGAAGACUACUGAAACACGACAAACCACACAAGAACUGGUUACAGUGUCUGCAGCAAAAGCCACUCAUUAUUUCUUCAAGGUGUUCCAAGCUGGAGCAUUAUGCACGCGCUUGUAGUUUGUUGCUUUCUAAAUCAUUACCAUUAUUCUGCAUUCCUUACUCAGGCACAGGCAAGUAGAACAUAUCUACUUCCUUUAGGAGGAUUUGUGUUGUUAUUAUUUGAGAAUUAUCUGUACAUAGUGUCCUUAUCUUGCCAAUCCUCAAAUAUUGAUCAAGAAGAAAAUUACUUGCAAGUUUUAUAUCCAACCUCAUGUUUUUUCUGUAUGUUGUCAUCUGCCUGUGGGCUUUUGUCUAUUAUUGCUCGAUACCAUCAGCCAAGUGUGUGGCAUUUUACUUAUCCUACUACAUCAGAAAACAGGCUUCUAUGUAGACUAAUAGUGAAAGGUUUCAAUUCUCAAGUCACAGGAGCAUUGUUUAGUAAGCAAGCCAAAUUUUUUCCUUUUAAAUGAGAAAUGUACAGAGUCCUAGAUUUGAGUUAGUGGUCUUCUCUCCAAUGAGACUAUGUAGGAAGCCGGUUUCAGCAAGUCAAAUGCUCAUUCUAAGGCACUACAAUAGUUUUGUAUCUACAGAAGAAAGACUAAGCUCAACACCUGUAUUAUGUGUUCAGUGUCAGUACAAGGCAAAACUUGGACAAGGAUGUCACUGUCAGCUAAUAAUACAAAAAAGAAACUUUUUCCAUGCCUGUGAGCCUCCUUUCCCUUCAAGCUUCUUUCCCUCAGUCAUUUGAGGAAAGGCACCUUUUCCUGUGAUCUUGUUACUGUUGUGUGAGGACCUACACAUGAUCAAUCACUGCAAGCACUUACUGUGUGGCAGCUAUGCUCUGUAGCCCUAAGCCAGCCCUGUAACAUCUGUAAGCAGCUGGUUUCUUACAUCUCUGAGCUACACCUUGCCCUUCCCACUGUUGCUACCAUUCCCUGGCUUGCUUAAGGCUUGCACUGCCUCGAGGCAGUUACGUUUUCAGGCCUGCCGUGUGCAUGUCAGCCUCAAAUAUGUGUACCUCAUGAUGAGUCAGGCAAAAGACAGGAGAUGCAUAACCAUCUCAGGCAAAGUUUACCCUGGGAUUGGAUGCCAUACAGACCUGUCCUCACUGGAAAAGGAGUGGUAUUUGAGAAAUUCUCAUCCUAAUUCUGCUUCUAGUCUGCUGAACUGAUCUCAGGCCAACAACUUCAACUUUGUGCCUCUGCAUUUACCUCUUCGGAGACUUCUGUAAGUGCUAGAAAUAGGUAAGUUAUGGAACUCUCUCACUUACUAAUUAGCAACACUACAAUGUAGAUAUACCUCUUUGCAAAACACGUAUUUUAUACAAUAAAGAGGGCUUGCUUACCACACUACAAAACCAUUUUGUGUAUCCCAUAUUGGUCCUCUUGCUUGUUAGCUGGUUUCUUUCAUUAGGAGCUAGCCUUGACCUGCUGUUUUCUACACUGCACUCCUUCCCAAUACCCCCAACCUUGUAACUUGUUAUUCUAAUUGAGCUCAUUAUAUUGAAGAUGUUGGUUGGGAAAAAAAAAGAAAUCACUAUAAUUUAAGUUGCCAAAUCAGUCAUCUUUAUACAGGUCAAUAUUGAACUGAAUGGAUAGCACAUUUUCUUUUGGGAAAGCCUGUUUAAUUCAAAGGUAGAAAGAUGUUUGAAAACAACAUAAACAUAUCAAUGUGAUGUGUAUGUUCUAUGUACAUUAAGUAUUCAUGAAGCAACUGUGUGCUUUAUUUUAAAUUGAGUUUGAUAGAUGGCUGUGUCAAUACUUGUGUCCAGGUUAUUUAAAAGUCAAGUAAAACUUGAAUUUUUAGGGCAUUCCCUGGUUGCCUGUGUGUCUUAUUUACAUUACACAAAGGAGCAAAGCCUUCAGAAACAAGAGAUUCAUUUGACAACACCAUCUGGUAAAAACAGGUGUAGUACCAAUUAAAAACCGCUUGAGGAUACAGCUUCUCCAGAUUAAGUAUUUUUCCUGGUAGCAGCAAGUUGUCAGCAUAAGCUUUAUACUCCAGUGCAUAUCCAUACUAAAUUUUCCUUUCUUACCUGAAAAUCACCAGAAAACAGCAGACUACAUGAGCUGUCAAACCAAACAUACAGAUGCAAAGCUAGUGUGGCAGAUGCUCUUUCCUUCAUGUGCCUGUUUUAAUUUCUCUCCUGUAUUUGUCUCUUUGAUAUGAGUUGUGGUGGGUUGACUUCAGGGGGACACCAGGUGCCCACUAAGCUGCUCCGUCCCUCCCCUCCUUAGCAGGAUGAGGGGGGACAGAGAAAAGAGUAAGAUGGAAAAAACCUCAUGGGUC